AUGUAAUACAUAGAUGAAAAUGAAAUGGGAUAAAAAAGUAGAGUCCCUCGAUUAAGUAUGGGGGAGAGAUGUUUUGGAAAAGAUUUAUCUAAUUUUAGAUAAAGUAAAUCAUAAUCCUAAACUCAAAGAAUUAAAUUUGAUGAAUUGGAUUAAAUUGAUAAUAAAAAUAAUAACAAUCCCUAAUUAGUGUCUGUUUAUGCUAAAGAUAUCUAUAAAUAUUGUAGAAACAAGGACAAAGCACUUGAUCAUACAUAUAUUGACAAACAAAUUGAGAUCAAUUAUAAAAUGAGAUCAAUACUCAUAGAUUGGUUAGUAGAUGUUCAUCACAGAUUUAAUUUGGUUUCAGAUACAUUAUACUUAACUAUUUACAUAAUCGAUGCAUAUCUAUAGCAAAUCCAAAUAUCUAGGAAUAAAUUUCAAUUACUUGGAGUAUCUGCUCUGUUCAUUGCAUCGAAAUAUUGUGAAAUCUACCCUCCAAAAUUAAAUUAUUACUCGGAUGUAACAGAUAAAACCUAUACAAAAGAAGAAAUUUUAGAAAUGGAGGGUAAAAUUUUAAUGCAAUUAUAAUUUGAAAUUUGUUUUACAAAUCAACAUUAAUUCUAUGAGAGAUAUUAACAAUUAAUUUAACUAGAUUAAAAGUCAUAUUAAUUAGGAAAAUACAUUUUAGAAUUAAUGUUGUUGGAUCAUAAAUUUAUAUAAUACAACCCUAGUUUACAAGCAUCCAGCGUACUAUAUUUAGUACAGAAGAUUUAUAAAAAAUCUUAGAAUUGCUGGCCUACCUAUUUAGAAAUACAUUCACAAUAUAAUGAGAAUCAAAUAAGGCCAGUGGCAAAAGAGAUAUGCUAAUAAUUAUGUUAAGCAAAAGUUAUGUCAUUAUAAGCAAUAUAAAGAAAAUAUAGUUCACCAAAAUUUCAAGAAGUCUCCAAUAUUUAAAUUCAAUAUAAAUGA